AUGAAGACAGACAAUCAAAGUUGUGGAGCAGAGUUUAUACUUCUCGGUCUUUUCCAGUUUGGCCGCAUGAACAUUGUCCUCUUUUUGGCUAUCACUGUCUUCUUCUUGGUGGCCGUCACAGGGAACAUUGGACUGAUCUACCUCAUUGAACUGGACACUCGACUCCACACUCCCAUGUACUCUCUCCUCCGUCAGCUGUCCUUCAUUGACAUGAUCUACAUCUCCACCACGAUACCCAAAAUGGUAGCCAAUUUCAUAUCAAAUAAUAAGACCAUUACUUUUGUAGGUUGUGAGAUUCAAACGUUUGUGUUUUUACUGCUUGGUGGAACUGAAGCCCUCCUUCUUGGUUUCAUGUCUUAUGAUCGAUAUGUUGCCAUCUGUCACCCUUUACAUUAUCCUGCGCUCAUGAGCAAGACAAUCUGUCUGUCCCUGGUCACAAGUGCAUGGGCCAGUAGUUCUUUCAAUGCUUUAAUGCAUACGCUGUAUGUAUUUCAACUUCCAUUCUGUAGUUCUAGGCUCAUUAACCACUUUUUCUGUGAAGUCCCAUCUCUGUUGCCUUUGGUGUGUCAGGACACUUCCCAUUAUGAGUAUACAAUUCUCUUUAGUGGCUUUGUUAUUCUGCUAAUACCAUUCUUGGCUAUCAUAGCUUCUUAUGCCAGGGUGCUUACUGUGGUAUACCAGAUGAGCUCAGGUAGAGGGCAGAAAAAAGCUGUAUCCACCUGUUCCUCUCACCUGAUUGUGGCAAGCCUAUUCUAUGGGACUGCUAUUUCCACCUAUAUGAGACCACAUUCUUUGCGUAAUUCUGAACAGGAGAAAGUGGUUGCCGUGUUUUACAGCAUGAUCACCCCACUUCUUAAUCCAUUUAUCUACAGUUUGAGGAAUAAAGAGGUCUUGGGAGCCUUGAAGAGACUGAUGGGAAAAUGA